AUGGGCGACGAGGCUGCGGCGGCGGGGUCGUCGGUGCUCGGCCGCGCGGUGGAGGAGGUGCGCUCGGCCCUCAACGAGCACGCCGACGUGGUCGCCGACCUCUUCGAUCGCGUCUCCUCCGAGCUGCGCACUGGCUUCGCGCCCGCCGUCGACUCCUUCGUCGGCUUCUUCCACGCCGUCGACUGGAAGGAGCCUUGGCUAAUCAGCAUACUAACUUUCCAUGCCAUUCUGCUAUUGGUUGCCAUCAUCUCGAGGAGGAAUGUCAAUUUCCAGCUCAUCUUGUCAGCUCUAACAUUUUCUGGUGUAUUCCUUGCUGAGAGAUUAAACACAUUCUUGGGGCAAAACUGGAAGAGCUUCUCCACCCAAAACUAUUUUGAUCCCCAAGGCCUCUUCAUUUCAGUCAUCUGGUCUGGGCCCCUCCUAUUGAUAACGAUCCUUAUUUUGGUGAACACUCUUGUGACAGUCUGCAUGCUAAUCGUAAGGUGGAAAAGGGCAGAGCUUAGGCAUCGUGCUCGGCAGGCUCGUAACAAGCAGGACUGA